AUGGGUUCGACGAGGACAACCCACGACAUCGCGCGUGGGGUCCAGAUGACGACGGCUUGGGAUUCCACGGCGGCGGACAACAGCGCCACGGUGGGUGGUUUGAUCAAGAUUGGGUCGGGCUCGAUGGUGCUGACCUAUACCGUCGCGGCUGGGGCCAGGGACAUGGCGGUGGACAGCGACAACAAGGAGUGGGCCGAGAAGACGCGGGCCAGGGGCUGUACAAGCCUUAUCCAGACGUCGGCGGCAUUGUUUCUUGCUCGAGAUAAGCCGCGGGGAGACUUGUUUGGCGCAGUGCUCGGUAGUUCUGUGGUCUUCGACGUGGGCGACUUUGUGUGGGUUGCUUCUACUCCAGGCGAUAGGCUCGGGCCCUAUGAGGUAUUCUCCAUGCUUCCAGGUUUUAGCCAAGAGUUGAUGCCUAAAGGACAUGAGAAGGAGAGCCAAGCAAAGUUCAAAAGAUACAUGACAAUGAUGGACUCGAUGACUAAUGAGGGUUGGAACCUGUCGAACCUGAAGCUGAUGAACGAGUCUCGGAUAAUGCGGAUAGCGAGAGGUUGUGGGCGGCCGGUGAGAGACGUUAUGGAGAUGCUAGAAGAUUUCAAGCGGCAGGCCAAGGUAUGGAGCAACAUGAAGGGGCUUAAGAUCCCUAAACUGCCACGUAACAUGAACGUGCAGCACAUGAGCAAAGUGCUGCCGCCCCAAAUGCUCAAGCAGAUUGGCGGUAUGGGCGGUCCCCAGAGCUUCAUGAAACAGAUGGGUUCCGCCAAGGACAUGAUGGGUAUGUUUGGCGGUGCGGAUAAGUGA